GCUAUUAAUCCAAAACAGAAUAACAUUAGGAAUGGGAAAAAUCAUUACAAAUCUUAUAAAUACAUACUUUGAUAAGCCAUUAAGCAUUCACAAACAGAGUUACUGAAUCAAAAUCAAAAUUCAUCGAUCAAGUAUGAUCUGGAAAAAGCUUAAGGUGUUGGGAGCUGGUUCUUACGGAACUGUGUCUCUUGCAACGCCGUUACCACAAUACUAUUCAGGAACUACGAUCUACGGAGCUGUUAAAUCCGCUGAACUUUCUCAUUCGUCUUCUCUCCAAAGAGAAGGGGAAAUAUUCAAAGUGUUGGAUGGAUCUGAUUAUGUAGUACAAUGUAUGGGAGAAGAUGUGAGCAUUGAAAACGAUAAGCACACAUAUAAUCUCAUGCUCGAAUAUGCUGCUGGUGGAACUUUGCAUGAUAUAAUUCACAACCCCUUUAAUAUGAUCAUGGGGGAAUCAGAGGCUGCUUACUAUACUUUUCAAAUCUUAUCUGGAAUUUCUCAUAUUCAUCGUAAAGGUUACGUCCAUUGUGAUCUGAAACCGGCUAAUAUACUUGUUUUUCCUCGUCCACAAUUCAAAGUUCCACAUUUGAAGUUGACUGAUUUUGGAUUGUCGUUGACAUCAGAUGAAUCACUUACCUACAGGGGAGAGCGUUUGAAGAACAGUGGCUAUUAUAGCCAUAGAGGUACCCUUGCGUACGCAGCUCCGGAAUGUAUAGUGUGUGGGAUUCACAGUACAGCCGUUGAUAUCUGGGCACUUGGCUGCAUUGUGGUGGAGAUGCUUACUGGGGAGUGGUUAUGGCCCGUAGAUAGAAACAAGGAUGAGUUAAUGUUCAUGAUUGCGCAUCAUAAACCAGAGAUUCCAAAAAGAUUAUCAGAGGAAGCAAAGGACUUUUUAAGCAAGUGUUUCGAAAAGGAUAACUGUUUGAGAUAUAGCGCUGAUAUGUUGCUUCAUCAUCCAUUCAUCAACAAAAGUUGUUAUAAGAACCUGAUGGAACAUCGAUUGAUGUAUCCUUCUGUUAGUGUGGGAUGCGGAGAUUGGAUUUCAUCAGAGCACUUGUUUUCGACAAUCAGUCCUCGUGACAGCAACUUCAGAGGAUAAAAAGUCUGAUAUGCAGUAUAAGAGGGGCCUCGGAUUGAAUUUGAAAGACUUAUUACAUGUAUAUUAACUCGUGAAUCUCUUAACAAAAAUCGAUUGAUUGAUAGCUUGGUGGUAAUGAAGUUGUGAUUUUGAUCUGCAAGGACAUUUUUGAGAUUUUAACUUUUCUACCAGUUAUGUUUAGAUUUAUAAUUUGAAAGUUAUAUAAAUUUUCAUUUUAUAUGUUCUGAUGUGAUCUUUUUUAUGCAAAAGGUGGAUAUGAGUUUUGAUAAUGUUAGACUUUGAUCUAUAAUUUUAUGUCUUUUAUUCACCUACAUAUACACAUUGAUUUUGCCUUAUUCGUGAACAUAAAAAGGAAUGGCUAUAAUUGGUAACUACUUAAUAGUUUGUUGCAGUCAUUUGGUAUAAAAAUAUGCAUUUAGGAAUUAAGUUUUUUUUAAUUCCUGAAGAAUUUUAAUUAAAACAUUUUAUUCAUGUUAGGUUUAACUUAUUUGGCAAAAAGGUUCACAAAUAUGUACCUUCUAUUAGAAAUUUCAUUUAAUUUGAGGAUAAUUUUGAUUAGUUUAUGAACAGA